GUGCCUCAUUAUCUGAGCACUUACCUAAUGGGAGGAGUUUGAACAGGAGUCUAUAAAAAGUGCAGGUAGGCUGAGGAUGCUGUGAGCAGCUCGCUGUAGAUCACACGUCCUCAAUAUGGGCAACUGGAUUAUCAACCAAGGACUUACAGCCUUCAUCCUGGUGGUAUGGAUGGGCAUCAACAUAUUUCUUUUCGUCUGGUUCUACUUCUUCUACGAUUUGGGGGAUCAGUUUUUCUACACACGUCAUCUUUUAGGGUCUGCCUUGGCCUGGGCCAGGGCUCCUGCAGCCGUGCUCAACUUCAACUGCAUGCUGAUCCUCCUGCCAGUGUGCAGGAACCUGCUGUCUCUGCUGCGCGGCUCCUUCAUGUGCUGUGGCCGAACUAUGAGGAAACAGCUGGACAAAAAUCUAAGUUUCCACAAGCUGGUGGCCUACAUGAUUGGCCUGAUGACAGCUGUUCACAUGAUCGCCCAUUUGCUCAACGUGGAGUGGUACAACAACAGCAGGCGAGGCGUGUAUGACGGACUGAGCACGGCACUGUCCAACCUGGAGGACGCAGGAAACACCACCUACCUGAACCCGAUCCGCAGCACGGACGUUGAUGCGCAGCAGACUCCAACCUACUUUGUCUUCACCACCAUCGCUGGUCUCACAGGGGUCAUCAUCACACUGGCCCUCAUCCUCAUCAUCACCUCCUCCAUGGAGGUGAUCAGGCGCAGCUACUUUGAGGUCUUCUGGUACACGCACCAUCUCUUCAUCAUCUUCUUUGCCGGCCUGGUGUUUCACGGAGCGGGGCGCAUUGUGCGGAGUCAGCAGACCACAGAUCCUCCACAUAAUUUCACCUUCUGUAAAGACCGAUUUGAAGAAUGGGGACGUAUUCCUGAGUGCCCCGUUCCUCAGUUUGCUGGAGGGUUUCCGCAGACCUGGAUGUGGGUGAUCGGUCCCAUGAUUCUGUAUGUGUUUGAGCGCCUGCUGCGUUUCAUUCGCUACACGCAGAAAGUCACGUACAGGAAGAUCGUAAUUCGACCGUCCAAGGUGCUGGAACUGCAGCUGGUGAAGAGCGGUUUCAAAAUGGAGGUGGGCCAGUACGUCUUCCUCAACUGUCCCGCCAUCUCCCAGCUGGAGUGGCACCCCUUCACCAUGACCUCUGCCCCGGAGGAGGACUUCUUCAGUGUUCACAUCCGCUCGGCAGGGGACUGGACACAGAAACUCAUCAACAUGGUGGAGGAGCUACCGGAGGGGGCGCAGGGACCCAAGAUGGGUGUGGAUGGUCCCUUUGGCACGGCCAGUGAGGAUGUAUUUGACUAUGAAGUCAGCAUGCUGGUUGGUGCUGGCAUCGGAGUCACUCCCUUUGCCUCCAUCCUCAAGUCCAUCUGGUACAAAUUCAAAGACUCCAACCCUAAGCUACGCACCAGAAAGAUCUAUUUCUAUUGGCUGUGCCGGGAAACCCACGCCUUUGAGUGGUUUGCGGAUCUCCUGCAGGUGCUGGAGAGGGAGAUGGAGGAGAGAGGCAUGGGGGAUUUCCUGACCUACAAGCUCUAUCUGACUGGCUGGGAUCAAAGCCAUACUGCUCAUGUGAUGGUUCAUUUUGAUGCGGACACAGAUGUGGUGACUGGUCUCAAGCAGAAGACCCAUUAUGGCAGACCCAACUGGGACAAGGAGUUUGAACAAGUCCGCAAAGAGAACCCCACGUCUGUGGUGGGAACCUUCCUGUGUGGCCCUGCUGCCUUAGCAAAGGUCUUGGAGAAGAAAUGUGCCAAAUAUUCAGACGUAGAUCCUCGCAAGACCAAAUUCUACUUCAACAAGGAGAACUUCUGAGCAGCAGAACAAGAGAAAAUGCACGUCAGCCUCUGGAAGAACAAGUUGGCCCCUUUACGCUUUUUUCCACUGGAAAAAUUUCUUUUAACGUGAGCAGGAUGAAGACAAUUGGUGAUGGCAAAGGUUGAAAAUAUUAUUUCAGGUUUUACAAUCAAGUUUCCAUCCUCAAGAUGUCAAAACAAGAUGUGUCAGUGUGAUAAGGUGACAAGGAAACAAGACAAAGUGUAGCCAACCAGUCAUGUAAUACAGUGGCUGUUUGUCAUCCUCUGAAGAUCAUGUCUGGAUGAGAAAUCACUGUCGCAAUUCUGUUAAAACAGAAAAUGGUGUCGUAUCCACAUCCCUUUUUAUUCCCUUGUAUAUAAUUCCUAACCCCAUUUCAAUAAAAUUACCAAAACAACC